CAAGAAGCAGACCUCCGCGCCAUUGCCGAAUUCUCUUGCUCGUGUUGUUGACUUGCCUCCCUCCAAAACUCUGUCUCGAGCAGCGAGAGCACUCUCUACACCACCCACACCAUCCUUGGCUCGCAUUGUCCUAUUAUUUGUGUUUCUAUUAUCUUGCCUGGCUGCAUAAUCGAUUGUCCGAUUCCCUGCGUACCCACAUCGACACCGCCUAUCGCGCCGAGCCGCACACAUCAUUCAUUGCCCGUUAACUUCGUAGCCUUUACACACCACCCAGGCAUAUAUUCACUAUGGUUCUCAUCGAGAAUCAGCAGUACCUCUGUGAGGAGGAGAAGCGCCUCAAGGAGGACCGUGAGCGCACUGCUUACUGGAAGCGAUGGGGGCCCUAUGUUGCCGAAAGGCAGUGGGCUACAGUCCGUGAAGACUACUCGCACGAUGGAGACGCUUGGAGCCAUUUCACGCACGAUAUGGCACGAUCCCGUGCUUUUCGCUGGGGUGAGGACGGUAUUGCUGGUGUUUCUGAUUCACACGGCUUACAGAACAUCACCUUUGCUUUCUGGAACGGAGAGGACGAAUUCCUGAAGGAGCGCCUAUUCGGUCUCUCGAACCCUCAGGGUAACCACGGCGAGUCGCUCAAGGAGGCUCAUUUCCACCUGGACAACACACCAACACACUCGUACAUGAAGUACCUCUACAAGCUGCCCCAACGCAAGUUCCCGUACGAAGACCUCAUCAAAGAGAACGCGAAGCGCAACAGGCUCGAGAACGAGUACAACAUCGUCGACUCCGGCAUCUUUGAUGACGACCGAUACUUCGACAUCUUCAUCGAGACCGCAAAGGAGGCAGACAACCCUGAUGAGCUGUUGUUCCGAGUCACCGCAUACAACCGCGGUCCAGACGCCGCACCACUCCACAUUAUACCUCAUGUCUUCUUCAGGAACACCUGGGCUUGGGGACACGAAGACAUUAGCAAGAAGCCGUCGAUACAGAAGGUUGGCCCAGCAACCGCUCAGACGACCCACCACAAGCUCGGAGAUCGUUUCUUUCAGCUCUCACCUUCCCCUGGUGUCGGAUCAAGUGGCGACGACGUGCAGCCUGAGCUACUUUUUACCGACAAUGAUACCAACUACAAGAAGCUGUGGAAGGUUGAGAACAAGACAAAGUAUGUCAAGGACGGCAUUCACGAGCGAAUUGUGAACGAGAACCUUGACGCUGUGAACCCCGACAACACUGGUACCAAGUGUGCCGCCUGGUACGCCUUCGACGAGGAAGAGGGCGUUCCCUCUGGCGAGUGCGCUGUCGUGCGUUUCAGGUUAUCUAUGAGGAAUGACGGCUUCCUCGACGAGGAGCUUUUCGACGACAUCAUGGAGCAGCGACGCGCUGAAGCUGAUGAGUUCUACUACCGCAUCAGCCCUUUGCCUAUGGCCGAUGAUCUGCGCAACAUCCAGCGCCAGGCCUUCUCUGGUAUGAUGUGGUGUAAGCAGUACUACCACUUUGUCUGGGACCAAUGGGCGAACGGCGACCCCAAUAUGCCUCCGCCACCUCCAGAUCGAAAGGCGAUUCGAAACAAGGAAUGGAAACACAUGUAUCUGGACGACAUCCUCUCGAUGCCGGACUCGUGGGAAUACCCCUUCUUUGCUGCAUGGGAUAGUGCGUUCCACUGCAUUCCACUCGCCAUGAUCGAUCCCGACUUCGCGAAGAAGCAAUUGGACCUGUUCACCCGUGAAUGGUACAUGCAUCCCAACGGCCAGCUGCCGGCCUACGAAUGGAACUUUGGCGACGUCAACCCUCCCGUGCACGCUUGGGCGCUUUUCCGAACAUUCAAGAUUGAACGCAAGAUGUAUGGUCGUGAGGACUUUGACUGUCUCGAGCGUGUCUUCCAGAAGCUGCUGCUCAACUUCACAUGGUGGGUCAACCGCAAAGAUGCUGACGGCAAGAAUAUCUUCGAGGGCGGUUUCCUAGGACUGGACAACAUUGGCAUUUUCAACCGAUCCGAUCCCCUGCCGACUGGUGGUGUUCUGGAGCAAGCCGACAGCACUGGCUGGAUGGGUUUCUACUGUCUGAACAUGCUGAAUAUCUGUCUGGAACUUGCCAAGCGUCGUCGUAUCUACGAAGACAUGGCAUCGAAGUUCUUUGAGCACUUCAUCAUGAUCAGCGACGCCAUGCAGUACCGCACAGGCGGUGAGUCAAAGCCUUUGUGGAACGAAGAGGAUGGAUUCUACUACGACGCGAUUUCUUGGGGAGGCCCCUGGAGCCAGCAGAUGCCUGUCCGCUCUCUUGUUGGUCUUAUCCCUCUUUACGCCACCCUGACCUUGGAGCCGGAAGUCAUCAACAGGCUGCCCAACUUCAAGAAGCGAGUGGAGUGGUUCAUUCACAACCGCCCGGAGACCGCUCAGCGCAACAUCGCGUCGAUAAAGAAGCGUGGUCAGGGAGAUCGCAUGCUCUUAUCCCUUGUAAGCGAGGACCGCCUCAAGCGCAUCAUGCAGCGCAUGCUUGAUGAAGAUGAGUUUUUCGCUGAUCACGGUAUUCGAUCGCUGUCAAAAUACCACAAGGAUCACCCGUAUUCCAUGGAUGUCAAUGGUCAACGCUACCAAGUCAGCUACCUCUCUGGCGACUCCGACAGUGGCCUUUUCGGUGGCAACAGCAAUUGGCGUGGACCUAUCUGGCUGGCAGUCAACUUCCUCUUGAUCGAAUCUUGCCAGCGAUUCCACCUGUACUACGGCAGCAACCUGAAGGUUGAAUGCCCUGUGGGCUCUGGCGAUUUCAUGCAUCUUGGCCAUGUUGCCGAGGAAAUUCAGCAUCGUCUUCAGCAUUUGUUUGCACGUGGCGAUGACGGUAGAAGGGCCAUCAACGAUGGCAAUCAGAUGCUAGAUUAUGACCCGAACUGGAAGGACUACAUGUGGUUCCAUGAGUUCUUCGACGGCGACAGUGGACGGGGCUUGGGAGCGAGUCAUCAGUGUGGCUGGACCGGCUUGAUCGCGAAGAUGAUCCACGAUACUGGCAUGACAUGUCGACUCCCACAAACCCCACGCACACCGACUGCUGCUGCGGCGCACUAUUUCGAUGAUGUACUUAGCAGUGGACCUCGUCGACCAAAGAAGCCAUCUACCCUCCGCAGGUCUUCGACGACCCGUAGCAUUGGGUUCCGCAGCGACUACGAGACUAGUAUCAACGGCGAUGAAGAGGACCCGGCCAGCCCGGCUAGGCGGAAGAAUUCAGUCGGUUACCUCGACGAGGACGCCAUCAAAGCCAAGAAAGAGAUUCAGGACAGGUUUAACCAUUAUGUCAGCGGUAAGCUCGAGCGUGUCAGGACCGGCGUGCAAGACUACGAACCAGACGAGUUCGAAACAUGCGUAGAUGGCACAGACGAGCGACCGAGACGCAGGCAAGGGUCCAAGGCCAAGUCCAACGACCACAAGGAGCGCCAGGACUACUUCGAGCAAGACGAGUACUUCAGCAAAUGAUUGCGCUAAUUGCGGGCAUGGCGUUGUUUUGUGAAGCUGCACCAGUUGUAAAUAGCAGCACUUUGUAUAUCCCUAAGAUCCUAGGAUAGAGGUUUCGAAUACCCACAGACUUUCUCA